AUGAAGCUGCUGAUGGUCCUCAGGCUGGCUGCCCUCCCCCUAAAUCACUAUGCAGGUUCUGGCUGCCAACUGCUGGAGGAUGUGGUUGCAAAGACCCUCAAUCCUGAAGUGUCUAUACCAGAAUACACACAAUUUUUACAGGAGUUCAUAGACAGUGAUGCCACUGCAGAGGUUGUAGGGGAACUUAAGUAG